AGGAAGGGGGGAGGGAAGAGGCCGCAGAAGCCCGAGCCUUGACCGACGGGCAGGCAGGGGCUGCGGCGGCGCCGCACCGGCGCCCCCCCAUGCGCCAGGCGGCCGGACGGCGGCGUCGGGGGGCGCCAUGGCUUCGGCGGCGGCGGGCGAAGCGGAAGAGACCACCCGGCUGCGCAAGCCGCGCUUCUCGUUCGAGGAGAACCAGAUCUUGAUCCGUGAGGUGCGCGCCCACUACCCGCAGCUCUACGGCGCGCAGAGCCGUCGGGUGAGCGUGGCAGAGCGGCGGCGUGUGUGGGACGGCAUCGCCGCCAAGAUCAACGGCAUCACCAGCUGGAAGCGCACAGGCCAAGAGGUGCAGAAGCGCUGGAAUGACUUCAAGCGCCGCACCAAGGAGAAGCUGGCCCGCGUGCCGCACUCCACCCAGGGCGCCGGGCCUGCCGCUGAGGACGCCUUCACCGCGGAGGAGGAGACCAUUUUUGCCAUCCUGGGGCCGGGAGUGGCGGGGCCAGGAGCUGGUGCAGGGGCCGAGCCUCCCUCCGCGGCGGCUUCCUCACAGCCGCCGGCCGCGAGUGCCGGCACCCAACGCUACGUGUUGUCCGAGGACCGCAGGGAGGACCGCAGGGAGGACCGACGGGCAGAUACACCAGCCCACAGCAAGGGGGGCUCCAGCAGCCCCGAGCAGUGGGCCCGGCCCUCCUGCAGUCCCCAGGAAGGGGGCUGCCCGCCACCCAAGGAGCGUGAGUCCCCGCCCCCUCCAGCCCUGCAGACUGUCCAGCUGCCCCGCCUGGCCUUGUCUCCGCCGCCCCCAGCCCCUCCGCUGCAGCCACCACCCCAGCCACCUCAGCAGGUGCAUGUGGCACCCUCGUCCCCCAGCCCACCACCUCCUCCGCUGCCACCACCCACGCCCUUGGCCUCAGACCCCUCCCUGGACUUCCUGCGGGCUCAGCAGGAGACUGCCAAUGCCAUCCGGGAGCUGGCUGGCACCCUGCAGCAGGGACUGGCCAAACUGAGUGAGGCCCUCAGCGCCCUACUGCCCCUUCUGCCCGGAACGGCCGUCGACAGGCUGCCCCCGCCUCUGCCCCCGCCCCCACCACCACCCCCCAGGCCCCUCCUGUCCCCACCUACCCCCAAAGCCGAGAUCACCCCAGAACCCGUGUCCGUGGUAGCUGCUGUGGUGGACAGAGCGGUGGUCGCAGCCAGGGGAGUGAUCAUCGCCCCUAGGAGCGAGGAGGGGACCCCCCGGCCACCCCCAGCCCCGCUUCCUCCCCACGACUCACCCCCACACAAGAGGAGGAAAGGCUUCCCUACGCGGAAGAGGCGGGGGCGAUGGAAAUCUCCGUGAAAUCUGCUCUUGGGUUUGAGCUUGUCUCCGCUCCUUCUGCCUGCACCUCCUUCCCCCAGCUUAGCCCAGUGGAGGAGGGCGAUGCACCUUCCCCAUCUCAGCUGCCCCCUGGCUCCCCAGCUGCAGGGGCACCAGCACCCCACUCCCGAUACUAGUUAGUGCCUGAUUCUCAGGGGACCUCGUUGAAGGGUGCCCCAGCCCUUUCUCCAGUACAGCGCUGUCUGCCUGGCUGCUUCCCUGAACCCUAACUUCUAAGCCAUCGAUUUUACGUUAUUUAUUAUCGCCCUUUGUGGGUUGCGGAGGGAACCCCUCGGGUCUGCACAUACCCCCUUCCCUAACAACUCCUGGUCUUGACUUGAAGAGAAUUGACUCGCAGGGGCCUCCUCGCUUCCCCGAUCCAGACUUUGGAGGGGGUGGGAGGCUCGAGACAAAUCAGAACAUGGAUGACGAAGGAUACAGCAGUCUCUGUACCUUAGGGAGGGGGGGGUGGAGUUCUCACUGGGGAGGUACAGGUCGGGCCCUCUGCCUCCCAGUGCUGUCUCUGACCUCCAGAGCUCAACCCCCUCGUCUCUCCCCGGUGGUGACAAGAUAUGAAUAAACUUAUUUUUAAUACGAUUACUUUGGGCUCUGAGACAGGCCUGGGGUUUCAGCACUUACACCUGCCCCCACCCCUCCAUGGAUAGGUGGCGUUCCCUUGAAGUUGGAGGCUGGCCGUUUUCCAGCUCCCCCCCCCCUUUUUUUCCCUUUCUUUCUUUAAAGUUAUCAAAUCCUGUGUUCAAAUCUUAUUCCUCCUUAUCCAUCCUUCAGAUACCAGCCUAAGUGUCAUCUCCUCCAGGAAAACUUUCUGGAUUUCCUCCUCCAGGCUACGAUGGGCCUGCUUAGAUUUUUUUCCUAGUGUCCUGUGGUCCCUCAAAGAACACAUGCCUUUAUCUGUUUAAAGCUGUUUCACCCCUCCCCCUCCGCCGCCAACCCAGUUUCAUGAAGGCAAGAGCUGGUUCUCUUUUUUACUCCUAAACCUGCUGCAAAGCAUAGUAGCAAAGUAGCUAAUAACCACCACCCUGGAUUCCGUCAGACCUGGCACUGCCCCAGCCAGCUGUGUGGGCCUGCCUUUUUCUCAUCUGUAAAAUGGGCAUAAAAAAUGUAGGAGUCCACAGCUCCAUUCUAUUUUCAUCUUUCAGGUCUCAGCUCAAAUAUCACCUCCUCAGAAAAGUCUUGCCUGGCACUCCCUCUCCCCCAGCAGUUAGGGAAAAGAUGUAGUCAAAUAAUCAUUUGAGUAAAUUUAAAUUGAAUGUCUGCCUCCAUCACCAGGAUGAGCCUUGUCAGGGGAGGGCCUGAGCCUUGCUCAGUCAGUGCUGUGUCCUCAGCAUCACCCAACUCAGAGGAGGGUUGCAUCUUUGAGUUAAUGAGCAGUUUAAAAACAGUUUCCAUGUAUGGUGCUCCUUUUCUGGGCCAGGCACCAUGCUAAACAUUUAUAUGCAUGUUUUCAUUUUAACUUGAGGCUGCCCUAUGAAAAGCAGAUUCUAUGGGGAUCUCUGUUUUCUCCUGAGUUUAAAGACUUGCCCUAGACUUGUCAGGGGCCGAUCCCAAUUCAGCCCACCUGAAGCUGGACUCCAGCCACAACUCUUGACCCCCGCUAGUGUUUACUGAAGGAUGGCUUAAAGAAUUUUAGGGGAUAUAUGGAUGGCCGCUUUUUUUUUUUUUUUAACAUUUUGUGUAUUUAUUUGAGAGAGCAGGAGCACGAGCGGGGUGAGGGGCAGAUGGAGAAGCAGACGCCCCACUGGGCAGGCAGCCCGAUGUGGGGCUCCAUCCCAGAACCCCAAGAUCAUGACCUGAGCCAAAGGCAGAUGCUUAACUGACUGAGCCACCGAGGCGUCCCUAUGGAUGACCUUUCUAAUGCUUCUUAUGUAGUGUUAAACUUGAUUAAAAUGUAGCUAGUACCAAAAAAAUGUAGCCAGUACAUAAAAAGCCUGCACUUCUGCACAUAAUACAGACAUACCUCGUUUUAUUGUGCUUUGCUUUAUUGCGCUUCACAGAUACUGCAUUUUAUUUUUUUACAAGUUGAAGGUUUGUGGCAACCCUGGGUCAAGCAAGUCUGUCGAUGUCAUUUUUCCAACAGUUGCUCACUUCGUCUAUCGGUGUCAUAUUUUGGUAAUUCGUGCAAUAUUUCCAACUUUUGCAUUAUUACUACAUUUGUUAUGGUGCUCUGUGAUCACUGACCUCUGAGAGCUCAGAUGAUGGUUAACAUUUUUUAGCAAUAAA